AGCAAGCGCGUCUGAGAGAGAGACAGUUUGCGUCUGACUGAGAGAGAGAGAGAGAGAGAGAGAGAGCGAGCGCGAGCGAGAAGGGGGUUGGGGAUUGCAAGGGAGGGUGGACUGAUCUAUGUGCCGCUGCUAAAAUCUUGUUCUUAUGUUUUCAUUCUCAGAGUGAGUUUUUAGCUCUUGAAGAGACGCGUCUGGUCUGCAGGGGGAAUGCACGGAGAAACCACCCUUUCCUCUCCUCUUUCCCAAUGUGUAUUUUCCCACAGUUUUUUUUUACUUGUUAACGUGAGGGGCAGAAGACGAGAAGGUGGUGCAGCUCAGGCUUCACUCUGUCACUCUGCUUAAGUGGAUGUACUGCAAAAAAAAAAAAAAGGACUUCUCUGCACAGAAGGAUCGUGUUAUCUUUUGCGGCUGCUGCUUAGUGGAGCCGCAAACUUUCUCUGCUUAAAGAUAAAUAAUUCAAAAGCUCGGAUCCCAUGCUACCCCCUCCUUUAAACAUUUUUAGAUGAUGUCAUUGCACUGCGCUUUUGGCCAGAGCUCCAGGAGACCCACAGCCGGGCAGCGAGCGCGGUGAACUCCGGAAAAUCAGGUGCAGAUCCGCUGUGUUGAGUCUCGCGGGUGGCUGGAUCUGCCACGCGCAUCUGUCCCCUUGUUCUCCCUCCAUCAUCUGAGCUGGACCGGACUACACCGUGCGCCGACUCCCACAGUUCUUCGUGGACCCCUCGCAGCCAUGACCGAGGCCGACUGGCGGCGCUUGAAGUGCCCCGCGCCGCGCGCAAAUCUCCGUCGCACCGGCCAGUCAGUCCGCCUCUCUUUUCCUCUCCACGCUUAUCUAUACCAAUCCACGGAACUCUCGUGUCAUGUUUGCUCCAUAAUCUCUCACUUUUAAAAGGACCCCAAGACCUUUGACGAACACUUCGUGGAAGUGAGUGUGAGAAUUGUAACAUAUUUGGAAUCCUUGGAUCAAAAAGUGUUUCAUUUCGCGCGCUUUCCCCUCGGGUGAUCCUCGGACCGGAAGUGGAGCGAGGACGCCCGGUAAACUUGGCUUCACCUGUUACCCGUAACCCGUGGAGAAUACCAGCUGUUAUGGCCUAACCCCCCACUUCUGCUCUCCUCCUCCCGCCCGCUCUGCCCCGCCCCCGAGCCGUUACCAAGCGCGCAAGCAACAGCCGCCGUUACAGCCGCUCCCGGUGGCACGCUCGCCGCGCACUCCUCACUGACACACACACACACACACACACACACAUACGCACCUCCUUCUAAAGGGGGAAGCUAUGCGCGCCGCCCGGUGCCGGCGGGAGCGUCCGGUGACCUUGUGACCUUUCCGUCGGGAUUACACCGGCGGGAUUGAAACGUGAACUUUGGAAGAAUCGAAGGCGACCCGGCGUUCAUUUGUUUUCCAAAACGCUCGGAGCGACUCGGCCGGACGCAGGGAGCGAUGCGGUCCUUCCUCUCUACCCUGGCUGUCUUUGAGGAGAUUAAAGAUGGCAGACAGAGAAGGGAAAGGAGAACAGAGAUCCAUCCAAAAUCAGUGCACACACCCGUCCCUCCCACCCACCUCCUGGGCUGCAGAGAUGAAUAAGGAGAUUAUCAGGCAUUUAACAUUCUGACAGAUUCAGCAUCCAGCUCACUGGGAGGUAUAUCCAGAUGAUGCUGGUGAUGUGUAAUCCUCUGCAGGUGUUCGGAGUUGAUGGCGUGAACUUCAGCAUGCACGUGGAGAAUCAGACUCGUGCACGAGACCCCAUGAGCCGGCGACAGCCCCGAGUCUACCAGCUCUACAGUCGCACCAGCUGUAAACAUGUCCAAGUGCUUGGCCGAAGAAUCAGUGCCCGCGGGGAGGACGGAGACAAAUUUGCCCAGCUUGUAGUGGAGGCAGACACAUUCGGCAGCCAGGUGCGAAUCAGGGGGAAGGAGACCAACUACUACCUGUGUAUGAACCGCAGGGGCAAACUUGUAGGCAAGAAGGCCAGUAAUCGCAGUGAGGACUGUGUCUUUAUUGAGAUGGUGCUUGAGAACAACUACACAGCAUUAAUGUCAGCACGUUACAAAGACUGGUAUGUGGGCUUUACCAAGAGGGGGCGACCUCGUCGUGGCCCACAGACGCUUCUAAACCAACAAGACGUUCAUUUCAUGAAGCGCCUUCCUCCAGGGGAGCAGCCGGACCACAUGCCAUUUCGUUUCACCACUGUCAGCAAGAGGAGCAAAAGAGUCCGUGCUGCGCGACCACGCUAACUUGCGCUUCAAUAAAGCUAAAAACCCACUGUCCCUCUAAGGGACACUGAUAACAUUUAAAUCAGGGCCUUGCAACAAAAGACAGCCCUAGACUACAUCCCAGUAAAUGGGACCAUGAUAAUGUUUAAAUCAGGACCUGCUAAGGAAAAAAAUAGACUAAUGGGACCAUGUUAAUGCUAACAGGACCUGAUGUGGAUGGAAAGUCCAACCCCAGUUCACUGGUUAAACGUGGAGCGCUUUUCUUUUGAAGAUCAUGCUGUACAGUUGUACUGUAGCAUUCUCCAGUAAACAGGAUCUAAACUGGACCAGCUAUUAUACCAAAAAUGUGCUAUUCCCCACCAGAGCCUUGACUUUAGCCUGGCACCAACAUGCUAAACCAAGCCCAAACAUGAUGCAGCGAUGAGUUGUAGACAUUUUCUAUGGACUAAAGAAACAGAAAAACUGACAACUAACAACCCUCAAUACAGCGUGGGAGACACCGGACUCUACAGUCUACUAACCAACCUCUCAUAAAGACAGUUCUCUCUUACACACAGCAUAGUCUUCACUCAGGAUUCCCAGAACAAGAUUCAUGAAAAUGUGACUGUGAGAGAAGAAUGAAUCUUCUGGAAUCAUUUAGAGGGGUGUGAGAUUUAAAUUCAGUAAGGAUUAAAAAAAGACUCCGGAGUGGAAUAAAGGAGAGACUACAUUUGAAAUCUCUCCUUCUCCCCCUGCCUGCAAGCUAGUAUGAAUUUAAGACUGCGUGCAUGUGUGUAUGUGAGUGUGUGUGUGUUUGUGUAUCUAAAAGAGUGUUUCAGGUUGCACCAAAGACCACAUUGGAUGCUCCCACAGAUGACGUUGCAGAGUACAUCUGCGUAGGUGACCUUAAGGGGAACAAAUGUGCUUGCCUUUGUCUGGAAGAACCUACUAAAACUGGAAUGUAAUAAUAAUAAUAAUAAUAAUAAUAAUAAUAAUAUUAAAAGGCCAAGAAAGUCCUUAGUAAGCUGCACCAAAAAAAUUAACUAUUGACCAAAGAGAACUGGAGACCAGUGAUCAAUAUGACUAUACCCCGCACCCUAAAACUCCUGAAUCCAGCAGCCUAUCAGAGUGCAGGACUUAGCAGUGGGACAGGAAAGGGGCGGAGUCUUCCCUCUAUAUCCCUUUUGCUUUUGAAAUGACAGAAGGAGCAAUGUUCCUGUUUGGAUUCCAACUGGAAUGCUGCUAAUGUAAAAUUCAGACAAAGUACCAAAGUCAUAUAUGUUAUUGUUAAAAGGAAAAAAACAAGCAUUACAAUAAGUAAAACUAUAUAUAUA